UCGUAUAAAUUAAAUCCAAUUCGCGAGCGUCCUCUCUGAAUCGUAUUGCAAUCGUAAUUUUUUUAAUCGAACUACUUACCUACAAAAAAGAAAUAACUUAUCGACGGACGAUAAUUUUAAGUAACCGAGGUAACGGAAGAAAAAAAUAACUAGGAUAAAACCCACUAUUAAAACUCGUUACAAACCGUAGCCUAAACGUUCCUAAAUCAUCUAAGCGUUAUCCAAAUUUCUCGAAGGAUGACGAUAAAUCACGACAAUUGGAAGACCGCUUGGGCACGCGGUAGUAAAUUCGAGGAUAUCAUUUGGAUAGGAAAUGACGUUUUGGCUUGGAGUUCCGGCCUUCACAUCGUGUUCUACGAGAUCGAGCACAAGAAGAAGAGUAUCCUUUGGUGUUGGUCUCACGACAUCGGGGAAGGAGUUCGAUCCCUCUCCUCGCACACCAAGUAUUCCAUAUUCGCUUUUGCCGAGAAAAGCUCUCAACCAAAAAUCAUGGUGUAUACAUACCCGUCGUUGAUCAAAAUAUCCGAAUGCUCAAACGGGUCCACGAAUCAUUGUUUGUGCACCGGAUUCACCGCUACCGAUUACAUAGUCUCGAUCGACUCGUAUCCACACUUUAGAUUGAGCGUAUGGAAUUGGAGGACAGGCGAGAAGAUCGCCACUGUGCAAACCCAUAUACAAGACGAGAUUGGUCAGAUCAUGAGGAUAAAUCUGAUCGGGCCCGUCCUCGUUGCCCAAGUGGGGAAAAGUUGCGGGGAGGCGUACGUUUGGGAUCUGAUCAUCACCAAAGAAACUACCAUUUUGAAAGAAUACGAGAUAAAGCUUCCGAAAGACGAGCCGAUUCUUGGACUGGACUGGUCUUCAACGUCCACGGAACCGUUGCUGGCGCUCGUCGACAAAGAAGGCCACAUCUAUCUGAGUAAUUACGACGGAAGCGACGUCUAUCGGAUCAUGGUCGGCCAACGUUGCAACAUCUGCAUAGAGAAGGAUCUGCCUAUAAUCAAGUGGUUCCAGGACGGCCUCAUAUUACGAACACCAUACUGUCAGAUAUCGUUCUACAAAAAGUUCGCGAGAUUGAAUAUAUGGAGAAAGCUGUGGUACGUGAAGACGGAGAAAAAACCGUAUCUCCUUAUCACGAAUCCGUAUCGGGAUCGCCGAUUUUUCUAUUACACGUACGAGGGGGAGUUGAUGCAGGUGGAUAUAGUCGAGGAAGACGAAAAGCCUGUAGUUUCCAAAUGCUUCGACAAUGGAGGAGUGUAUCGUUUCGUCGAUUUCGUAUAUCCGUGGUGCCACCAUUUGUUCGCUAUUUGCGACGCGAACAAAGAAUACGUCGUGCUCGAGUGUUACGAAGGAACACUGAUCUCGAACAUAAUACCAGACGCGGACGACGAGAUAUUGUGCCAGACCUCCCAUCCGGAAUUUCCGUUGAUCGUUUUGGCGACCAAUCACGGCGAGUUGCACUGCGUAUCCAUCGUGAAACCGACCAAUCCUAAAAUCGUGGCUCGAUUGAGGCUCCAACGAACGCCAUUGGAUUUCAUCAAGUUCUCGUUGUCUGGAAGAUCUCUGAUCGCGGCCGAGAUGAAAACAGGCGACUGUUACUACAUAAAUAUGCAACGGGUGAAUAUGUACGACGUGCAGACAUUGAUCAGAGUCGGACACCCGAUCUCCGACGUUCUAAUCUUCGAAGGAUACAAGAAGCUGCGUAUCCUCGUUCUAUACACGAUCGUGAGAAACGUCGGGCACAGCCUGUUCUUGUACGAGAUCCUGGAGAAUCAAACCUUGGUCAUCGAGCCGAUCGUGGAAUUGCUUUUGCCUGGAGUGUAUCGGAAUCUUUAUCACGUGCCCGGUAACCCGAUGAUCCUCGUAGGAACACCUUACAUGACACGCCAACUUCGAGUGCAGAAGAUACAAGAUUUCAAGAACAUCACGUUCGAGGACGGUUUGAUGACAGGGCAUUUCGUAAAACUGGCCAGUUUGUUCGUGGAUCGAUGGUGGAUCAUCACGAUGGCCAUCGACGGGAUAGUUCACGUAAGGGACAAGACUGUGAGGCGGGAAUUGGCGUGCAUCAAGACCCAUCACAGGGAGGAAUUGGGCACGAAGAAGGCGAUGACCAACAAACAAGGGGACCUGAUCAUCGCCCUCGGUUACAACGGCUCGUUGGUCGCGACAAAGUUUUCUCCCGCCAAGAAGGAGCUGCAAGGAUUACGUUCCCCCAAGGAGAAACGCACGAGCAAAGUGGAGCACAAGCUGUACGAGAAGAUGAUGAAGAAGAUCGACGUCGAUUACGCGAGCCUCGACCCGUUAAUUUACGAUAUUCUGACGAGUCCGUUGUACGAGUUCCCGGAUUCGGAGAAGGAGGGGGACAAGACGUGGACGGAAUGGAGGUACGAGAUGCAGUUGAAGGAGGAGGAGGAAGCGAGCAGGGAGCAGAAGACGGCCCUACUGAACGAUUUCGAGGAGCUUCGGAACAAGGUGAAAAAGUUGUUGGACGAGAACGAGGCGAGCACGGAGAUAGAAAAGCUCCCCAUAGCUGCGUUCGAUCUGGACAUAAAGGGGCGGGAUCACAAGUUGAAGGUUGGCCGUGACAUUUGCGAGAACCUCCGCCUCGAGUUCGAGCACAACAUCAACGAGACGAAGAGGGUGUCCAAGUGGAUACGAAAAAACUUUUGGGACCCGCAAAAGGUCGUGGCGAAGAGCCUGUACGCGAUCUUCGACGAGAUGGAGGUGGUUAACUAUCCCUCGGUCGCCGAGGAUCCGAACGAUAUCUUGUUCCUAAAGUAUAUAAACUUUCACAAGAAGACCGCGUACAGCGUUCUGGAGAACGACAAGUUCGAACCUUGGAAAAUUUAUACCGAGCAAGAGUUGCAGAUGGAGACGAGCAAGAAGCACAAUAUAUAUCGCGAGCAGGACAAGAGGAUCGAUCUGUUGAUGAACGAUUGGGAGUUGGAGGACAAGGAGGAGGAUUUGGAGAGCUUCAAGAACGAAAGGGAGGAACGGAAAGCGGUGAACGGAACUACGACUCAUCGAUUCGUCGAGUCAUCCCCUUAUUACCCCCAAUUCGGCUACUACGGAUUCGCCCAAACUAAGAUAAACAAUCGUUUCUUCUUGCACGAUUGCACCAAACUUCGGGACUUCUUCAACAAUAAAUUCAACGAGAUAUAUCUGCUGAAGGAGAGAGAGAUGAACGUGAUACGGGACAGGAUCGAGAGGAUACGUUACAUAGAUUCUGAAUUGAAGAUCAUGUUCAACAAACACGUGCCCCACGUCCCAACCGAUCCCGUCUGGCACUGGCAGGAGAGGCCCGAGAGCAUCAUCACGGUGAGAAGGGACGAGAUAAAGGCGAAGCCGUACAUAUCCCCGUCCCACAUGGAAAUGUUGAUGAAGCAAGCUGCGGAGGAGGAGCGAAUAAGAAAAUUGUUGCUUGCCGACGAUUUUCGGGAGCGCGCCCUCAUGGCGAUGAUGAACGGUGUGCUGGAGGUGCGUUGGGAGGACAUAAUCAAGAUAGACGUGCCCAAGCCUGCCUGCAUGCUGACGAAGAAGCCGGAGGACUACACGUCCGAGGAUAUAUUGGCGGUGAAACAGUACGAGAAGGACGUGCAGUUUCUCAAGGAGGAGAGGGAACGGUAUCACAGGAUGCUGGACGCGGAAUAUUCCAAGGUUAUGGAACAAUUGAAGGAGGGGAUAGACAAGUUCAACGGGAAAUUGAACAAUCUGUUCCACAUGAAAAUGAACGUCGAGGCCGCGAUCAACCAGUUGUACCUCAGAUACGUGCGCGGCUUGCUCCUGGUCCAUCAUCGGAUAAUCACGUUCGAGGAGGAGAAUUCAUUGAAGGAGAGGAUCGCGAGCAAGAUGGAUUACGAGAGGGAGAUGGACGAGCAUAUAAAGUUGUUUCAGAACGUUCAUCAAAAAGUGUCUGACAAGCUAGCUGGUCUGGUGAGCAAGGAGAAAGCGUUCGCGAAAAAGUUCAAGAGCGAGUUCUAUCACAUGCACAAGGUGCAGUUAGAGAUAUUGGAGCGGCAGUGCAAUCGCAGGCCGAGGGUGAACCUGAAGAAUCUCGAGUCGUCCGAUUUCUACGAUUUGGCGGAGGACGUGUUGGGGGGGAAGGGGGCCAGGAUUUACCUGCCGCCCGAGUGCAAGGAUUACCUGAGGAUAUUGCACAAUUUCGACGCGAGGCCUGUCACCGUCCCGCCGAGCAUAGACGGCUCGAAUUGGGAGAACUUGAUCCGCCUUAGACGGGCGAAGAUCAAUUUGGAACUGAUGAUAAAGGGGGCGCAGAGCGAGCUCAUGGACGUGGAGACGGUGCUGCUCGGUUUCGAGCAGAAGAUGGAGAAGUGCAAGAUCGACAUGGAGGAUAUGAAGAAGGAUCUGGUGGAGAAGAGGAUGCGGCAAAUGAUGGAGGACCUCGACGUGGAGAUACAGUUGGUGCUGAAGAUGGGCCAGGUGGAGAUCGAUCUCGAGGGGGAAUUGACCGAUUCGAAGCACGCGGUCCUCGUCUCGAAAACGACCAUCGACAGCGCCAACUCGUACAUACGUGCCGCGGGCGAGUGCAAAUUGAAGGCUUUGAACAACUUGUUGAGCUUUCAGAGAGGCACUCUGUUGAAGCAGUGGCAGCACAUGUGCCGGAAGAAGAAUUUGGAGGAUCUGAAGGAGGAUCUCCGGUUCACGGAAUCAACCACGGUGACGAAAGAGAUGCAGGGGUAUCUGAAGAGGAAGGCGAAAGGUUUGCCGGACGACAAGACGCCGCAGCAGCUCGACGACGACAUAGAGGCGGUGAAACGGAAGUUUCAGAAGGUGUUGGACGAGGAGACGGCGCGGCUCGAAUCCGUGGAGAAGGAGAUCGCCAGCCUGAGGGUGAAGAACGAGCAGCUCGAUCGCCAGAUCCUCGAGAUGAACAUGGCUAGGUGCGACAUGGAGUUGAAGCGCGACGUCGUCGCCGAGGAGAGGCAGAAGGAACACCUCGAGAGGAAGGUGAAGAUGGUGAUGCAUCGAUCGACGCUGGUCAAGAAGCUGCAGGAAAAUUACGCGGAGCUCGUCGAGCUGCAGACCGAGCACGAGCUGCUCAGGCUCAAGCGAUACCCGACCUUUCAUUUCAGGAUGCUCGACGAAAACGAGGAGACGCAGAAGAACGUUCGAACGAAUCUUUGUUAAUUUUCUCGUUGCUCGAUCGGUCGAUCAUUUAUGGGGCUCUUUCUCUCGCGUUAUCUCGUUUUUGGGACGAGUUGAACGGCCGGUUGGACGGAUAGGUCGAUGGUCUGCAAGCAUAAUUGGAAAUAAUAAUCGGAAAGAGCUUCUCAGUUUGUUGAAACUUUUAUAUUUUGAGCUGUUGAUACGUUCCGUGGAUACCUUUGAAAGAGUCGAUCGAAGAACAAAGAUAUAUCGAUCGGGACUUUCUAUUCGUCUGAUAAAUUGGAAAGCUUGGCUCGAUAUUUUUCUGUACAUACUCGGCCACUUUUGUAUUUACAUUUUAAAAAUCGUUCAAAGAUAUUCCACGGAAUAUAUACAUUUACGUUUUCAAAAGAUUAUCCUUCGAAUCAAGCCAUUCCAAUUAUUAUUUAUUUUUAAUCGUAUCUUCCAACGACGCUUCUAAUCUCGAAAAUUAAAUCGAUAAAAUUAUUUUCCUUCAAAUCGAGUCAUUUCAAUUCAAUUAUUCAUUUUUAUUAUUUUUAUUAUUUCAAUUUUCUCCUCGAGAAACGUUCCAAUGAUGAUUUCGAAAAUUUAACUUGAAUAUUAAAAUAAUUGCGAUUAAAUCAUAAGAAAUCGAGAGGGAUGUAAUUUCGAUAAAUCGAUAAAAUUGAGUCGUUCCAAUUAUUAUUUAUUUUUAAUCGUAUCUUUCAAUCACGCUUCGAAAAUUAGAUCAAAUAUAAAAAACGGUCGUUGACCGCGAAUAAGUCAUUGGCAAAAAAAAUGGAGGGGGAGGGGAGGGGCGUAAUUUCGAUAAUUGCGCGCAGCUUUUGACUUGGAUGGAAGCGCGCGAUUUACAAGUUUUGAGAGGUUUGAAAUUUGUUUUGAACCGGUCGAAGAGAUGGAUAUCCGUUGAAUAGAAAUAAACGCGGAGCGCUGGCUGUUGAAACAGGCCGCGCUGCAUUUAUUUAGCGACUGCAAUUAAACGUAGUAUUUCACGCGAGCGACGAGUUUGCUCGUGAAAUUAAUCGCGAAGCAAACAUCAUCGAGAUAACGUUGUGUAAAUUUAAGAUAAUUUUGUGAGAUUUCUACGCUCGAGAAUUAUAAUAACUUGAGUUAAUCUUCCGAA